CUUAGUUGUCAAAAUUAGAAAAGGAAAACGUCACUUUGAUUUUUUUUUUUUUUUUUGCGUGUUUGUUUAGGCUGCGGGGUUUCUACCUCCAAACAAAUAAAUAGGACUUGAUCUUAACGUUCAACGCAUUCUCCUUCUUUCUCUCUCUAUCAUCCUUCAAGCCUAACUUAACAAUGGAUGACUUAAGAAUUAAAGGGUACAAUGCUUUGCUUACCCCAAGUUACAUAAAGGAAGAAUUUCCGGUGUCCGAAGCCUCCAAAUUAACCAUCACUCAAGCAAGAAAAGAAAUAUCUGAUAUUAUUGCCAAAAAAGAUGAUAGAUUGUUUGUAAUUGUAGGCCCUUGCUCUAUCCAUGAUACACUUGCUGCUAAGGAAUAUGCCAAGCUAUUAGUUAAUGCCAAAGAGAAAUUUCAAAAUGAACUCGUCAUUGUAAUGCGUGCAUACUUUGAAAAACCACGAACUACGGUUGGAUGGAAAGGGUUAAUUAAUGACCCUGAUAUUGAUGGAAGUUUUGACAUCAAUAAGGGUCUUCGUAUUGGCCGUGGAUUGUUGAACGAAUUGACACAUAUGGGUAUACCAGUAUCUGUUGAACUUUUGGAUACUAUUUCACCACAGUAUAUGGCUGAUUUGAUUUCUUGGGGAGCCAUUGGUGCACGUACUACGGAAUCUCAAUUACACAGAGAACUUGCUUCUGGUAUAUCAUUCCCCGUUGGUUUCAAGAACGGUACGGAUGGAAAUUUAACCAUUGCGAUUGAUGCCAUUGGCUCAGCCUCUGCUCCUCAUCAUUUCUUGGGUCUCAAUAGUGCUGGUGUCAUCUGCAUAACCCAUACUACAGGAAACAAAGAUUGUCAUGUUAUCUUGCGCGGUGGUAAUAAAGGUCCAAAUUACGAAGCAAGUUAUGUUCAAGAGACCAAGAAGAUUCUUGAAAAGGCCGGUUUACCUACGUCAAUCAUGAUUGAUUGCUCUCAUGGAAACUCAAACAAGAAUUUUAAGAAUCAACCCAAGGUAGCACAAUCCAUCGCUGAUCAAGUUUCACAAGGUGAAGAUGCUAUUGUCGGCGUGAUGAUUGAAUCGCAUUUAAAAGAAGGCAAGCAAAGCGUACCUGAGGAUGGCCCAUGUGCCUUGGAUUAUGGUGUUUCUAUUACUGAUGGUUGUAUCAACUGGAAAGAUACCGAACUUGUGUUGGAGAACCUAUCUCAAGCUGUUAAAAAGAGAAGAGAAAAUAAAUAAGAUAGCAAUUUUUUUUUUUUAAAUAUAAACAUUUUUAUUAUUUUU